CGGCUUCUCCGGCUUUUAUUCCUAAAUCUCAAACUGGUAUAAUUUAUCCAAAGAAUGAUUCUUAUGAUGAUUGCUAUUUGGAUGAAGAACAACAUAUCAAAGGCAAAUGCAAAAAUCUGACUGAUUGUCCUUCAGCACUAUAUGAUAAAAGACAACCACCUAAAACUUGUUACUUCAACAAGUAUGAACAGAUUGUCUGCUGCGAAAUAGGUUCCGGCGGGCUCAACUUUUAUAUACCAAUAGAAACAAAGAGACGUCCUAGUGAACUGGAAUGUGUGUUAGAACUUAAUUUCUCUUCAAUACCGCCAUUGCAAACAAGCUCUCAUCAACUAAAUAUAGAUGAUUUAAUAUCAGUAGUACAUGGUAAACCCACCGAAUUGAAUGAAUUUCCAUACAUGGCUGCUUUGGGCUGGUCAUCGAACUUUGAUAGUUCAAUAAUUUAUCGAUGUGGAGGAGCUCUAAUAACGAAGAGAUUCGUUUUAACAGCUGCACAUUGUACAGAUUUUGCCGGCUCAUAUCCAAAAUACGUUCGAAUUGGAGGAAUGAAUCUAACCGAUAUCUCUGGUUCGAAUAUUAAUAUAAAAAGAAUUAUUGUACACCCCGCAUAUAAAUAUAUAGUAUAUCAUAAUGAUAUUGCACUUAUAGAACUUGAAGAGGAAUCAAAUAAAAAUAUAGUUUGUUUAUGGACUAAAUAUGAAGUACCUAAUAUUAACGUCAUUGCCAUUGGAUAUGGUCACACAAUGUUUGGUGGGAAAGGUUCCGAUCAACUUUUAAAAGCUAAUUUAAACAUAGUCAGUAAUAACAUUUGCAGAAGAUAUUAUACAUCAGAUUCCGAAUAUGAACAACAAGAAAUUCUGAAUACUCAAAUUUGUGCUGGAGAUCCUGAACAUUUAAGAGAUACUUGCCAGGGUGAUUCUGGUGGACCAAUAAUCAUGAAAUAUAAUAAUCAUGAUUAUAUUGUUGGAAUUACAUCCUUUGGGCAGGGAUGUGCUGGUCAACCACCUAGUGUAUAUACAAGGAUAUCAGCUUACAUUGAUUGGAUAGAAGAUACAGUAAAUUCGGCAACUUAUUAUGACAACUCACAAAACGGCCGUAUUAUUUAUCCAAACAAAGAAUUUUUUGAUGAUUGUUAUAUGGAUGAAAAACAACAGAUUAAGGGAAAAUGUAAAAAUCUGCGUGACUGUCCCUCAGCUCUGAGUCGUUGGAAAAAUGAAAAUAUACGUCCUAAGACUUGCUACUUCAAUAAGUUCGAGCAAAUCGUUUGCUGUGAAUUAGCUUUCGGUGCAGAGGGCUGCUAUUUAUCACCGGCAAUAGCCAGACGUCGCAGUGAGUUGGCAUGUAUGCCAGAGCUUAAUAUUACGCCAGCGCCACAGUUGCAUAAACUUAUUCCUGAAGGAGAUAAUAUAGUUCGAACGACUGUGGUACAUGGUGAUCCAACAGAACUAAAUGAAUUUCCUUAUAUGGUUGCAUUGGGUUGGACAUCCAACUUAGAUAGUUCAAUAAUCUACCGUUGUGGUGGUGCUCUUAUAUCAAAGAAAUUCGUUCUAACAGCAGCACAUUGCACAGAUUUGGGCGGUGUAACACCAAAAUACGCUCGCAUUGGAGGAAUCAAUCUUACUGACUCCAAGAAUUCGGACAUAAAAAUUAAAAGAAUUAUAGUGCAUCCUUCAUACGACUAUAUAUCAUCUUAUAAUGAUAUUGCAUUAAUAGAGCUGGAACAAGAAUCAAAUAAUGAGGUAGUUUGCUUAUGGAGUAAAUAUGAUCUACCAAAUAAAAAUGUUACAGCAAUUGGUUAUGGACACACAAAAUUCGGCGGAGAAGCUUCUCAACAGCUGCUAAAGGCCAAUUUGAAUAUAGUUCACAAUAAUCUUUGUAGAACACAUUAUAUUCAUGAUAACGAUCAACUUCAAUAUGGCAUUAUCAAUACACAGAUUUGUGCUGGAGAUCCAGAAGAACUACGAGACACUUGUCAGGGUGACUCUGGUGGUCCAGUAAUCAUGAAAAUUGGUGAAGACAUUAUACAUGACUUUAUUGUUGGUAUAACAUCAUUUGGACAAGGCUGUGCUGGCAAACCACCCAGCUUUAUGUUGUGUUUUAUAUUUGGAAGGUCUGCUUCUUCCAAAAUACGACCUUCUCAACUUGAAUGUUUAGCUUCACAUCCAGAAAGAUCUAAUCACCAUAUUAUUCGCAGAACCGUCGUAGGAAAUGGGCCUGGUUUACCAACACAAGCAAACGAAUUUCCUUAUAUGGCGGCUUUAGGUUAUAGAAAAAGUGGUUCUGAAUCUGCAACCUAUUAUUGUGGCGGAACUCUUAUAUCACAGAGAUUUGUUUUAACAUCAGCCGUCUGUGCGGACGAUGGUGAUACACAACCAGAAUUCGUUCGAUUGGGUGGAGGUAACUUGAAGGAUAAAAAUAUAAGAGAUAUAAAAAUUAAAAGGAUAUUUACUCACCCUUACGUUAAUUUAAGCUACAAUGAUAUAGCGUUAUUAGAAUUGGAGAAAGAUUCUGAUAAAACUGUUGCUUGUCUAUGGGAUAAACAUGAUCUACCUAAUACAAAUGUUACUGCCAUUGGUUAUGGACGACCAAUAUUUGAGCCUCAAAUUUCUGAAAAUGUAUCAAAAGCAAAGUUAAAGGAAAUAAAUAACAAAAAAUGUGGAACGUAUUAUAAAUCGGAUGACAAUUUACCAAAUGGUGUAAUUAAUACUCAGAUUUGUUUUGAAGAUCCAGUAACAUUACACGAUACUUGUCUUGGUGACAGCGGUGGACCAGUAAUAAUGGAACUAACUACAGAUAAAUUAAUUGAUUAUGUUGUUGGUAUUACAUCAUAUGGACUAGGUUGUUAUGGUGGACCUAGCAUAUACACAAGAGUAUCAGCUUACAUUGAUUGGAUCGAGGGUAUUGUAUGGCCUUUGAAAGCUAAUUGAAAUUCCAAGGGACAUUAAUUAAUAUAUAUCUAUGAAAUUUUAAAUAAAUAUAAAUAAUAGAA